UUCUUCUGGUGGGAAGGGUCCUCCAGUUAUUUAGCAGCCAAAGGGACUGUAAGCCCUUCCGGUUCCCUGAAACUCCGCGGGUUUCAAGUUUCAACCCCUCCUUGAAGUCCCGCCUGCUGAGAGGCCCUGAAACCAUCCAAGAUGGAGCCUCUGGCUGCCUACCCACUAAAAUGUUCCGGGCCCAAAGCAAAGAUAUUUGUAGUUCUGCUGUCUAUGCUUCUGUGCACGGUGAUGCUUUUCCUCCUGCAAUUAAAAUUCCUGAAACCGAGAAUCAACAGCUUCUAUUCCUUUGAAGUGAAGGAUGCCAAAGGAAGGGUGGUGUCUCUGGAAAAGUUCAAAGGCAAAGCUUCCCUAGUUGUAAACGUGGCUAGUGACUGCCGGUUCACAGACAAAAGUUACUUGACACUCAAGGAGCUGCAAAAGGAAUUUGGGCCUUACCACUUCAACGUCCUGGCUUUUCCAUGCAAUCAGUUUGGAGACUCGGAGCCCAAGUCCAGCAAGGAGGUAGAAUCUUUUGCAAGAAAAACCUACGGAGUCACAUUCCCCAUCUUCCACAAGAUUAAGAUUUUAGGGCCGGAAGCAGAACCAGCGUUUAGAUUUGUUGUUGAUUCUUCCAAGAAGGAACCAAGGUGGAACUUUUGGAAGUAUCUGAUCAACCCUGAGGGGAAAGUUGUGAAGUUCUGGAGGCCGGAAGAGCCCCUUGAAGCCAUCAGACCUCACGUAUCACAAAUGGUUGGGGAAAUCAUCCUUAAAAAGAAAGAGGACCUAUGAAAACACUGUAGGGUCUGUCCAGUACAAUCAGGACAGAAGAGUGACCCUGGAAGACUCUGCCUCCUCUUAGGUUCUGACAAAUAUGGUACUAAAAGGUGUUUUUAAGGCUAUUUUACCACUCAGUUGUAAUGGCUGUUCUCAAGAUAGCAAUGUUACCCAAAGAGGAAAGAAAGGGAAUGGCGGCAGGGGUGGGUGGGCGUUAGUCAAAGAAUCACGAUGAACUAUAUUACCUCAUCUGACUAGGAGGAAAAAUCUAGACUGCCCCGUCACCAAUGCACUUCAGUCCUGCUGUUGGCUUUACUGUGUCUAGGCUUAUUAACCUU